AUGUCGGUCAAACUCACAUUUGUCUCGCCUGGUGAUGGGGGUGGUAUCAGCAGGAGUUGUUCCUUCACUGGAUUCAGCACUGUGCAAAGCAGAAAAUUAGCAAAGUCUCUCAGCAGAAGUUCAGUGAGAUCAAGAAUGUCACUGAAAUCCCCCAAGGCUUAUAAUUCCCUGCAGAAGGGGGCAGUCAUCUGGGAUCCAAAGCCACUGCAGGUGAAGAAAAUUUUUGAAGCUUUGAAGAAAGGACUUAAUGAAUACUUGGAAGCACAUCAGGCUGAAUUGGAUUAUCUCUCUGGUAGACACAAAGAUACAAAAAGGAACUCCAGAUUGGCUUUCUACUAUGACCUGGAUAAGCAAAUCCGCUCUGUGGAGAGAUACAUCAGAAAACUGGAGUUUCACAUAAGCAAGGUAGAAGAACUCUAUGAAGCUUACUGUAUCCAGUGCAGACUACGAGAUGGGGCUGCUAACAUGAAACAUGCCUUUUCCUUGUCUCCUUCUACCAAAGCCUCCCGAGAGAGCCUAGUGGAGCUUUACAAGAACGUACAAGAGUGCACAGAGGACAUGUGCUUUAUAGAAGGGGCACUGGAGGUCCAUUUGGGAGAGUUUCACUUGAAGAUGAAAGGGUUGGUGGGCUUUGCACGUCUCUGUCCAGGGGACCAGUAUGAGGUGUUUGUGCGACUGGGGCGCCAAAAAUGGAGGUUGAAAGGCAAGAUUGAGAGUGAUGACAGCCAAACGUGGGAUGAGGAAGAAAAGAUUUUUAUACCGAAUCUCCAUGAGAAGUUUGAAAUCAAGGUGACAGAGCUGCGAGGACUGGCCACUAUUCUAGUUGGUGUCGUGACAUGCGACAGCAUAAACUUCUUUACAACCAAGCCUCAGGCAAUUAUUGUGGAUAUAACUGAACUGGGCACCAUCAAGCUACAGUUGGAGGUCCUCUGGAACCCCUUUGACACAGAGAACCUGUUUUUGUCACCUGGAACCGCUGCCAAGUUUUCUGUGGGUAGCAGGAAGAGCUCGUUGUACAACUGGACCCCACCAAAUACUCCCAGUUUCAGAGAGAAAUACUACCUGUCUCUUUUACAGCAAAGGCAGAACCAAGGGGAUGUAGGUGAUGAAGCUCAGCCUCCCAGCAUAUUGAGCUACUUGGCUGCCUGUGAUUUUGAUGUACAUGGGAGGAAAAAGCCUCACAACCCUGCAGAGACAAGCGAGGCAGACUCGUUCAGUUCUGAGGAUCAGAAAGGGACAGAAUCCAGAAAUACAACUCCAGCUCCAGACCAUAGGACAUUGCCAUUGGUGAUUAUUCAAGAGACUUGUGCAGAAGAGAGACAGCAUCCUCUUCCAAAUCAUACAACUCUAGAUAUCCUGAAGAAGACUCCAUGUGUGGAUGGAUUUCCAAAUAACCCAUCUAGUUUUCUGAAUCGUCACAAAGGUAGUAGAGAUUCUUUCAACCAGACCAGAAGUCGCCGUCUGACAGAGCAAGAAGACUUUAGCCAGAAAAGCUUGAACGCUGCAAAUGACCUAAAACUAGAUGGAUGUACAAAGUCAAUCGAUAAGACUCUCGAAGAAGUGUUAAAUUUGCUGAAAUUACAUGAAGUGAGGCAAGCCCAACUUGAGAAACUGGAAUACCAGGUUUCAUCUCUGAGGGAUAAAUUAAAGCUAAAGACAGUUCAUCACAAACAUUCAUCUAUGGAAAGUUUAAUGGUGGAGACAGUGCUGGAAAGUUUUGACUUUUUAAACACCGAUUGUAGUGCUGAUGAGCUCUCGUUAUUUGGAAGCAUAAGAACAGCCAGUAUCAG